AUGAUGGAGGUCACAAGGGAUCACACUAGACAUUGGUCUGAAGUGGUUCUCGAUGCGUUACAAAAAUUACAAAAAAGUGAUAUAGAUAGACAGGUUUAUGCUCCAUUGGGUGGAGUCGGUGGAAACAUGAAAAUGAUUAUUAUGGGUCUUGAAACAAUGCUUACAAAAGGUAGAAUUGAAAAUGUGGAUAUUCAAAAUUUAAUUUUGAUAUUAACAAACAUUUUAAGAAAGGGAGUUCAGAACUCUCCAUUGUGGACCCACGCUAAUCAAAAUGUUGAAAACAUGAAAAAAAUUGGACUUUCAAACCUUCAACAAGAAGUAAAAUCAGAAGUACAACAAACUUUAUUGGUUCCUCGAAGGUUAUUCGAUAAAUUAAUGAGGUUGUUAAAUAUACUGUUCAAUUACAUUGAUAUGAGAUACAAAGAUGAUUUUAAUAAAGCUUUUGAUCUUCUGAAGGAAUUUAUAACCCUAAUUGAAGCAACCAAUGGCGAUAUUGAAAAACAAUAUAGUGUUGUAGAAACAGGAGGAUUUAGUGAUGAUGGAAUUGAUUUGUCGAGUGAGGGUGAAGAUUACCAACCAAAGCCUGCAGUUCCUCCAAAACGGGUAGCUCCACCUAAACCGCCAAGAAGAGCUCGUCAACCAGCACCAGAAGGAGCAGAGGGAACUUCUGCUUCAGCUGUCCAACACAGACCUUACACCCCGCCUCCUCCUUUACAACAGAGACCUGGUGGAAGACAACGACUUGGAAGUGACUACGAAGAUCCUGAUGAAGUUAACAAAGAGAGAGCACAAAUGACUGGAGCACAAACACCACCACCAAGACAAGGAUCAAGAAGUCCAAGUCCUACUGCUUCUGGUACUGGUUCUGGAACAGAAACCGACCCAAGAGAGGAUAUUUAUGCCAAAGUACAGAAAAAGAAAAAGUAA